AUGGCAGAUGUGGAGAUGAAGGAAGCCGCUACUGGCUCCUCUAAGGGCAAGGCCGUCGCCAAGGGCUCCGACAAUGCCGACAAGAAGAAGUUCGAGGUCAAGAAGUGGAACGCUGUUGCCUUGUGGGCUUGGGAUAUCGUCGUCGACAACUGUGCCAUUUGCCGAAACCACAUCAUGGACUUGUGCAUCGAAUGCCAGGCCAACCAAGGAUCAUCAACAACGGAAGAGUGCACUGUUGCCUGGGGUAUCUGCAACGUGAGAAAACCCGCAUCCAUCCCGUCCGAUUGCAUGUUCGCAGGCUAA